CCGAGUUGUUGCCGUAGUAGCCAUUAAUGCACAUUCACGACGGGGCUAUUCCUCAAAAAACACCAAAUUGUAACAUGUAACCUUCAGUGUAGUUGCAGUGAGUGUUCGAUAUUGUAACAAUUCACUCGUUCUCAUCCGCUUUGCCCUAAAAACUGAGAUCAGCUACAGUUGCUUCCCGAUUUAAAUCAUCCCCGGAUUGAGGUGUCAUGGCCGCUGUUUACUGAACUGCAAGUUUAGGAAAAAGAGAGGGUUUGUAAGUGGUGAAUGGAGGAAAACGCCAAAAUGGAGAGCCUGGACAGCAGCACUGAUGUCAAAGGAGACUGGUGUAAAAGGCUCCGUUUGAGGAAAAGCACUGCUGGCUUGUCAGUGUCGGGGCAAGCUGAUAUGACUGACAACAACAGCUCGCGCCAGGAAGAGCUAUCUGAUCGCAAGAUAUCUGCCCGUCCAUCCCCCAAGAAACAACGGAAUCAGCGGGCAACAGACACAGCCAAGCGCACACCCACCGCUCAGUGCAAGAGGAGCCCAGCCUCCAGCAAGCCAAAGACUUCCACAAAGGUUCACAAAGCAAGCCUGCCGCCGCCGCCGCCGCCACCACCACCACCAACAGCAACAACUACUGCCCCUCCUGCUGAUGUCUGUGACGGCCAACCCAGUGGUCCGUCCUCACCUCUGCCGACCCCCCCACAGCCACAGCUUACCGGAAACCUCUGUGGUGUUGACCUGCCAGUCCCCACCAACGGGGUGUUUACCUGUGCCAGGUGUAAGUUUCACUCUAAAGACAUUGUGGCGUUUUUGCAGCAUACACAUAACGGCACAAAUGGCCUACCUCAUGAUAAUGAGGUCACCAAAGAUGGACACGCGAGGCAGCAGAGCAGUGAUUUACAUAGCUAUCUCUCGCUCGCGCCGCCAGGGCUUCCCCUGAAGUACGAGCUCGACUCUCAGACGCCCUCCAAGCAGAGGAGUUAUACCGCAAAGCACAAGGCAACUAUGGCCAGGAUAAGGAAAGGGAGAAAAUACAUGUGGAGGAGGAAUAAAGAAGCUCAGCCCAAGGUGGAGGAGGAGGCGUCGCCCGAGCUGAAGCUGUUUCUGACUAAACACCCGCUGAAGCCAAACUCCUGGAUGGCCAGGGGGUUUCUGUCAGUGGAGAACGAGAUACUGGAUGAGAAUGGCUUCCUGCUCAAUCCCGAAAAGACUAUAGAAGCCACCAAUAAGUAUCUGGAGAGGACAACCAUUAAAGAGGAGAGAAGUGGCAUGAAGUUUGCUGUAAAAGAAGAACUUGAAAAUGGCAGUCACCCUUCUACACCUUUUGCUCGGCCUCCACCACCCAGAAACGGCACGUCGUCGCCCUCCGAAGCCAUCAACCCCAGCAAUACUGAGCUCGCCCGUCUCAUGGAGAAAAAUAACAUUUCCAUCCCUCCCAACUGCACCACCCAGGUCCAGGGUUUCAAAAUGGUGGAGGGCAAAAAACACUUGGUGCUCAAAGUCGUACCCGCCACAAAGAAAGAAACCGCAGACACUGCCGAGUCAUUGCCAAGCAAAAGCCCCGGCAAAAGCAUUACGAGUGACACUAAAACAACAACCAUGCCUGAAGAAGACGGUGACCAAAUGGAUCCAAGCAGCUCUUUGAGCGGGCUCCAAGAAUGUAACGGGAUUUCAGCAAACGGAACAGCCAGCUCGUGCUCUUCUCCACUGGGAACAGUUGCUGAUGCAAACGCCAGUCCUCCAGAAAAAACACAUGUUCAAAGUGACGACCAGGGAGUCGGUGAUGAACAACAUCCGGGAUGCUUUAGCCUUAGAUUGAGCCUCAGCCCAGAAAGAGAGUCUGUUGGAGUGAAUGAUCUCGAGACGUUGGGCGAUAACGUUGUGCACAGCACAGUGCAGGAGACAGAGCAGCCAAACGAGUCUCCACUUCAGUCCCCUCCUGCUAUCCCCGUCCCUGCCACGGAGGAGAGCACCUGUGGUUUGCUCUCUGAUUCCGACCAGGCCGCAGUGGCCGAAGCACAAGCAAGCGCAGAUGCUGUGGAGAAUGAUGCGUGCCUGUCCCCUGCUGUUGCUGGCGCUGCAGAAGUGGAGUUGGACCCGAACAACUGCCAUGGAGGGCUUCCAGUUUCGCAUUCGUCUCCUUCAAAGUCCAAGUCACGUCCUGCGUCUCCCCCCAGGACACAGGAGGAGGAGGAGGAGGAGGAGGAGGGGGGAAAGGACCACUCCAGUCCAGAUGACAGAACAAGCAUUAAUGACAAGGGGGAAUGUCAUAUCCCAGAGAGCAGCAGCACAAGCAUUAAGGACAACAGGGAAUGUCAUAACCCUGAAACCAGCAGUGAUGCAGAUGUCCAAUCGGUCACAGUGGAGAUCUGUGGAGAAGCAGAGGCGGUGAAACCGCCACCACCACAGCCACUGCAAAACCUGGAUCACUCUCCUCUUCAGGCCAGCUGUCCUGAGAACAGUGAGACGCCAGCCCCUGUUUCAUCUCCCGGUGUCACAGCACAACCCAACACUGAACUGAGUACUGUAACGCCUCCUUCUUGUACUCGAGAUGCUGUGGAACAUCCUGGUGACCCGGAGACGUCGGCCCUAAACACUGAAAAGCCAGAGGCCAGCAAGAGGCCCCGGUACUCGUCACCGGAACGCACAGAGGAGGGAGCAACAGAUGGGCCGCCGGUACCAAAACUCAGCAGGACUCUGGACUCGCAGGAGAAGGGGGAGGAGGAGGAGGAGGUGCUGCAUGCUGCAUUAGGUGGUACACCUCACAGCACAUUAAAGGACGCACAGCAUACAGCAUUGGACAGUCCAUUAAAGGCUGCAACACACACUGCAUUAGAGGAUUUACCUCCUACUGCAUUACGGGGUGCAACGGACGCUGCAUCAGGGGGUACACCACACACAGCAUUAAAGGGUGCCACGGACAGCGCAUUAGAAGGAGCACCUCACAAUGAGUUAGGGGGUACAUCGAACACUGCAUCAGGGGGAGGCGUAGCCUCUACGGCGCCCUCAUCUGGGGAGCACCAGGACUCGAGCGCUCGUCACGUGGACAAGACGCUCCGCCUGUUCCCCUUCAGCUAUUUUCAGCUGGUGACCAGGCCAGACAGCGCGUGCCAGCCGGUGGUGGUGCUCAACCACCCGGACGCGGAGGUGCCCGAGGUGACCGACAUCAUGCGCGUGGUCCACAAGUACGGCACCGAGGUGCAGAAGGUGAGGCUGUGUGCCGGCACGCUCAAGGCCCUUGACGACGGACACACGGCUCAAGACCACGAGGAACGACAACAAGACGGAGAUGGUGGAGGUGGAGGUGGAGGUGGAGUCGUCAGGUGUUUGCCAGGAACACCGUUAUCGUCUGGCAUCAGUGGCGUUCCUCCUCUCCCUACAUCCUCUCCCUCUCCUUCUCCCUCCCCUGGUAGAGUAGAGCGUCGACGGAGCACGGUGAAAGAGAGGUUCCUGCUGAAGAUGAAGCUCCGCCGGUCGGGUCAGAAAACCUACCAGGUGGUGAGCCCAGACCGGCGGCCGCCGCAGCCGUCUUUACGGUGCUGGUUCUGCGGUAGGGCCUUUACCAAGCAGGACGAGUUCAUUAGCCACGAACAGAGACACACGCUGGACACCAGCGGGGACUGGAGCAGCUGGUUAAAGAGCCCAUAAGCUUUGGCGCUUUUUUUGUUGCAUUUUUCUGCUUUUUGUUCCUUGCCUAGUCCACUAUUAUGUUGAAAGAAAUGUGAGUCCAAAAAAAAAUCUCAGGAUGACUCUAUGCAAUAUAACAACAUCAGUAUGGGAGAGCAAUAUACAGGGGUGUCCCAAAUAAUUGUGUGCAUUCUUUGAAUCUAUGAAAAUUAGGUAUUUAUUGAAAUCAUGUAUUUUUUUUAAAGUGUAUUAGACUUUACAGACAUUACUUUAGUGUUUUGUCACCACUGAUUCUCAAACGGAUGACUAAAGUCUCUCUGCCAUGAGAUCUGAAAGUGAAAGUGCAUACAAAUUCCAAGAGAACUACAUACUGUGUAUGAUUCAUUGUCAGCAGUGCUGGGACCAGAAUGAAUGUCACUUUGAGAACAGAUGGUUUCAAAACAAUGAUAUGAUAUCUUUAAACUCUAUUACACUUUAGAAUUUAGGAAUUUUAAUAUACAUCUAAUGUACGAUGAUUUGGUGCGUAUACAUUUUUUUCGGGACUCCCUGUAGUUUCAUUUACUUUGAUAGAUGGAUGGAUGGAUGAAUGGAUGGACAGAUGGAUGCAUGGGUGAUGUAUUAGACAGGUAGUGUGUCCCACCUACCUCUUCAUAGUUCUCAAAGCCCCCAUGAAGCUCAAACAGUAUAUGAACUGUGACUUGAAUUUCAUCAUUUGUACCACAGCACAGCCGUCCCUCAAGUUUUGUGGUUAACAAACACAUUGUUGCUUUUUGUAAUUUAUUGUCUACGCUGGUAGACUACUUUUUUAUGUAAAUUUUUGGUUUUGUACAUACUGUUGGUCUAUACGCUCAGGAAUUAAUAGAAAGGGUAAAACACUGUAGUUGCUUUGAGAAAUGUCCCAUCAAUUACGUUUCAGCCAUUUUUUUUGUUUGUAUUUUGUCCAUACCACACUGCUGCCGGAAUGUCAACACCUUGUUACCAGACUGUUCAUAUUAAUAUUGUGUGUGUAUGUUUCUUUUUAGAAUUUCCUUUGUAAUAUAGUGUUAUUGUCACAUCUGACAAAAUACUGAGCUUUAAUGUAAUAGGUAGCCAUGACUACUAGGCCUGAGGUCUACGGUGCAUUACAUUUGAGUGGUUGACAAUCAAUUAACAUUUAUCAAAUCAUGAUUACAAUUUAUUUUAUUAUAUGAAAAUACAUAAAUUAAAUUACAGCUACUCUG